CUGGCCUGGCCGUUAAGAUGGCGACUCCCAUGCACCGCCUUAUCGCUCGGAGACAGGCGGAGGCAAACAAGCAGCAUGUAAGAUGUCAAAAAUGUUUAGAGUUUGGACAUUGGACGUAUGAAUGUACGGGGAAGAGGAAAUACCUGCAUAGACCUUCGAGGACAGCUCAAUUGGCGAAAAUUCUUAAAGAGAAGGAAAAGCGACUAUUACUGCAACAAAGCACUGGAGAAAGCACCGCAGAAAGGAAGACCAAGAAGAAAAGGUCUAAAAGCGUGACCAGUUCCAGCAGCAGUAGCAGUGCCAGUUCAGCUAGCGAUUCCUCAUCCGACAGUGAAGAUUCUUCUACCUCUUCUUCCGAUGAUGACAGUGACAGUGAUGAGAGCUCCUCCACUUCCUCAUCUUCUCCAUCCUCAAGUAGCACUUCCUCUUCUUCAGAGUUCGAAUCGGAUUCCAGUUCCUCCAGCAGUAGCAGCAGCAGCACAGACAGUAGUUCUGACGACGAGCCACCAAAGAAAAAGAAGAAGAAAUAGUGUGGUGCAGGGCAGAACUGUUGUUCGGUGAAUGAUAACGCUCUUCAAACACGUUCUGAGCGCACGGUUGCCAAACAGUUUAACUGGUCAACGUUUCUACUGCUAAAACUUUCUAAGUGUUUUGCAUAGUUGUUCAUUGGACAUGAGAGGUGUUAAAUGGCACGUGAGACUUACUGAAAGAGUAUUUUUGUGGUUUAUCCUUUUAUGGAAAAUUUUACUUUUUUAGUUGAAAAAUCUAUCAUCAGAUUUGUUUAUAUGAGCUAAGGUCCAGUAACCUGGAUGUUUACAUGCUGGAAAGCAAAGAAAGCUUUUUAUUGCAGAUCAUGCUGCGCAUCAUACGCUACUGCUCUGUUUAUGACAGCUUCACUUACAUUUAGAAAACCCUCUAAGCGAUAGAAGCGAAG